GGCUCUCCCACCCUCUCGCAUCUUUCUCCGCUUCCCUGUCACUGUUAUUCCGGGAGACAUUCACUUUUCACCAACCUUUCUCCAAGCAUCUCCAAGCCAAUGACUAUAUGUAUUUUGCUACAAGAGACCUAGAAGAGGAAAAGAGGCAUAAGACUUUCAACAGCUCGUUUUUUUAAAAAAAAUCAACAACGAAUUUCCCGAAAUGUGUGAGAACAAUUAAAAGGAAAAGGCGUUUUUGAUCCAUCAACUAAGUGAACAAUCAUUCACAUCGUCCACAUCCUGAGACAUUAUCGUCCCUCGCUGUGGACACCAGCGAGAUGACAGCUGCUUUUUCAUUUCUGAAUGUAAUAAAUAUUUGCUGCUUUUAAUAUAUUUCGGAAUUUCUCCCCGCUAUUCCCUGGAAUUUUAACUCUAAAAGAUUGGAGAAAAGAUUAUCGAAAAGGCUUUUACAAGCCUCCAAAAUGAUGCUGAGUCCGGACCAAGCCGCCGACUCGGACCACCCCAGCUCGGCGCACUCGGACCCGGAAUCGCUGGGCGGAGCGGACGCCAAGGUGCUGGGCAGCGUGUCGGACCUGGAGCAGGUAGAGGAGGCCGAGGGCGACGGCAAGGGCGGCGGCCGAGCCGCGCUCUACCCGCACCCGCAGCAGCUGAGCCGCGAGGAGAAGCGCCGCCGCCGGCGGGCCACGGCCAAAUACCGCUCGGCCCACGCCACCCGCGAGCGCAUCCGCGUGGAGGCCUUCAACCUGGCCUUCGCCGAGCUCCGCAAACUGCUGCCCACGCUGCCCCCGGACAAGAAGCUGUCCAAGAUCGAGAUCCUGCGCCUGGCCAUCUGCUACAUCUCCUAUCUCAACCAUGUCCUAGACGUGUAGGGCUGGGGGCGCCGCGGGGGGCCGCCUGGCCCGGGGUGGGUGAAAAGCGGCCCACCCGGGGCGGCCGCCGCGGGGAUGGAGGAGGAGGCUGUGGCUCAGCGCGACGGCCGCUGCCGCCGCCUUGGACGGGGGAAGAGGCUCACAACGUGUGUCUCUCUGCUCAGCAGGGCAACUCUGGAAGGU